AUGCAAAGUGUAAUCAACAGUGUUAAGGGUACAGCGUUGGAAGUUGCGGGAUAUUUAACACCGGUGUUGAAGGAAUCAAAGUUCCAAGAGACAGGAGUUCUUACUCCUGAGGAAUUUGUGGCAGCCGGAGAGCACCUAGUGCAUCACUGCCCAACCUGGCAGUGGGCUAAGGGUGAGGAUGCCAAGGUCAGAAGCUACCUUCCAGCAGACAAACAAUACCUGUUCACUAGGAAUGUACCUUGCUAUAGGAGAUGCAAGCAAAUAGAAUACUGCGAAGACAAAGAGAAAGUGAUAGAAGAUGAACAGGACGCAGACGGAGGCUGGGUUGAUACACAUCACUAUGAUAACGCUGGCUUACCCACGGUUGAGGAAAAGGUAUGUGAAAUGACACUGGAAGCCGCCGACACUGGCGACAGUGACGGUGAAGGCGCUGCUGGCGAUCACGAAGACGAUGAAGACGAGGACGAGGAUGGCGAGGCUGAGGACAUGGAGGAGUUCCAAGAGUCUGGCUUGCUGGAUGAAGUUGAUCCGUCAACAGACUUAGCUCAACGCAAGGAGGACAAACCGAAGUCGGUGAACAAGUCGAAGUCGGACGGUGAUGAAAUUAUUCGUACGAGGACAUACGAUCUUCACAUCACUUACGACAAGUACUAUCAGACGCCGCGGCUCUGGCUCAUCGGAUACGACGAGGAUCGAACUCUCCUGAGCGUAGAACAGAUGUACGAAGAUGUGUCCCAGGACCACGCCAAGAAGACUGUCACCAUGGAGUCGCACCCGCACCUGUCCGGACCCAGUAUGGCCUCCGUACACCCGUGCCGGCACGCAGAAGUAAUGAAGAAAAUUAUCGAAACUGUGACGGAGAGCGGCGGCGAGAUGGGUGUGCACUCGUACCUGAUUGUGUUCCUAAAGUUCGUACAGACUGUCAUACCGACCAUCGAGUACGACUUCACGCAGAACUUCGCCAUGAACUAG